CAAUCGGCCUCGGCGAACGAUCAGCAAUUUCGUUUUCGUUCUCGAAGUCAUCACGUUCUUAUCAAUUUGUUGUCGGUUAAUCGGUUGUCUUGUCUUAUCUAUAAGAAACUACGAAGAUAUUUGUAGUUUAAGUAGUUAGUUGUAUUUAACUUUUGAAGAAAGUAAAAUUUAUUCAGAAGAUCGACAAGUGUGUUUCGAAAAUGUCUUUGACAAGUAAUUUCUGUAUAUCUAUCAGUUUAGUAGUUUUUAUAAUUACGUGUAUCAUUUUAUCUGCCGACAAUUAUGUACGAGCAAAUGAGAAUGAUGCAGACGCAUCGAGUAUUUCCAAAAUUGGACAAGGGAUGGGCCAUAUUAUGAACAUUUAUUACUGCUACUCCUGUGGGUACAGAAAAGUGUUUGAGGAUUAUGCUGGCAUCAUUCAGCAAAAGUACCCAGAAAUAUCUGUUAUUGGAGCAAACUAUGAUCCACCAGGCGUCAACAUGUACUUGUCGCGGAUGAUUGGUUUCAGCAAGAUGAUUUUAAUUAUGUGCAUCCUGAGUGGGGUCAAUAUAUUUGCUUGGCUCAACAAACCACAACCAGCAUGGUGGAGCUGGUGCCUGGAGAACAAACUAUAUGCCUGCAUGAUGAUGUUCUUCAUGGCUAACAUGAUAGAAGGACAACUGGUCUCAUCUGGUGCAUUUGAGAUAUCCCUCAACAACAUUCCACUUUGGUCCAAGUUGGAAACAGGAAGAAUACCGCAACCUCCGGAGUUGUUCCAAAUAAUUGACAAUACUCUGCAGUUUUCGAAAAUUGAUAUGCCUACUAAUAAUUUUGCGCAAUAAUAAGUUAAUUUAAAAUAUAUAUUAGAAUACAUUUGAGGGACUGCGGUUUAUGGAUAACAUUGGAGUCAUUGCAUCAAUUAAUAUGCAUGACUGUGCUGAACUGUAAUUUUGUGUUGGUUUUUUAAUGUUGAUAAAGUAAUGUAGGAAUUGUUAUCCUCUUUUAAGUUAAUGACAUUAAGGCAGUACAAACACCCUAUUUGUGUUAAUAAUCAUCAUGUCACAUUAUUAUUGCAUUUACAGUACAUAUAUGUUCAGCACAUUUUUAAAACCAUUUAUAUGAUUGUUUACUCAUUGCCUACUUAUAGAAAAUUCUCUAGUCAGAUGAAUUAACUUCUGUAAUAACAUCAGACUCAAACGUUUUAAGAAACUGGUUCAAAAUUAAAGGUUUAGAUUAUAUA